AUGGAAGAACUAGCAUGCGGUUUGAGAGGAAGCAAUUGCCACUUCUUGUGGGUGGUCAGAGCAACAGAAGAGUUCAAGCUUCCAAAACAUUUUGUGGAGGACACAAACGAAAAGUGUUUUGUGGUGUCAUGGUGUCCUCAAUUGGAAGUUCUAGCACAUGAGGCGACGCAUUGUGGGUGGAAUUCGACUUUGGUAGUUCCAAUGGUGGCAAUCCCACAAUGGACAGACCAAAGCACAAAUGCAAAAUAUGUCAUUGAUGUGUUGGGAUGGGAGUCCGGGCUUCAACGCGAAGAGAGCGGGAUAGUGAGGAGAGAAGCGGUAGGGGGUUGCAUAAGGGAAGUGAUGGAAGGGGAGAGAGGGAGAGAGAUUAGGAGCAAUGCAAUGAAAUGGAGGGAAUUGGCAAGGGAGGCAGUUGAUGAAGGUGGUAGCUCAGAUAGGAGUGUUGAUGAGUUUGUUUCUAAAUUAGGCCACUCCUAA